AACAACGAACUAUAUGACAACAUAAGGAUGAACAUAUUCACGGCAUGGUAUCUUCUAGUAGAUUUAAAGACAUCUUCCGAGAUGGUAAGGAGAGAAAAAUAAUUUAUGAUCCCGAGACAUAAAUCGCUAGGCAUGUCAAGCCGAGGUGAAAAUAUUAAACUAUUGUUGACAAAGGAAUAGAGUUGUUUUUUCCCUAAAAUAUAUACGCGGGAUGUUUGAGAACCACUGUUUUCAUCUCAUUGUUUCCAACAUCCUCGUUUGUCUUGUUUGUUUAUCUACAACUAAAACUUUAUGGCUAUACGCAGCAAUCAUGCAAAGUUUUCUUGCCCUAAUUCUUGGUCAACUUGUGUUGUUACUGUUAGUCAGUACAGUAGUCAGUGAUAGUCCCAGAUUAGAUCAAGAUAUCAUUGUACUUUCCAAUAAUGCCGUCGACAUUGAUAGCGAUCAAGCAUCUGUCUAUGGGGAAUGGUCUUUCAAAGACAAUAUAAUGGAAACGCCCAAUACACCAUCCACUCCGGACGAAGGUUUAACGGGAAUCUUAUACGAUCUAGGAUUAGCUUGCUCAGCAAAUGCUUCUGACGCCUUACCACCGCCUAGCAGCUUAGACAGCAUGCCAAAAAUAGCUUUAAUCAGGCGAGGACAGUGCUUCUUUAACCAAAAACUACUUUACGCUCAGAUGGAUGGAGCAAUAGCAGCUAUUGUUUAUGACAAUGUUUCCUUUGCUGAUGAUCCAUUAGCCACCUAUGGAAUGUCUAUUGCUCCAGAUACAAUCAAUAUAACAGCGUUUUAUGUUGAUCUGAACGUUGGCCUCGAGUUAUACGAAAGGCUAAAAAACAUCACGCAAUUUAAUCUUGACAAUACGCGCAACAGUGGUAAUAGCACAGAUAAUCGUCCCAAUCUACAUCUGACAAGAGUGACUAUGUAUUCAGGAACUACUUCUGGAGCGUCAAGUUGGCAGUAUGCGCUGGUCGUUGUUGGCGGUGUACUAAUUUUGUCGAUUUUAACAUCUGUUGCCCUACAUUUUCAUAUAUGGCGAAGCAGACGAAGAAGGAGUGUACAGAUGGAAGAGCAAGCUACCAUACCAAUGAGUGAUCGUAAUCAGGCGGUGACAAGCUACAGACAAGUGCUGGAACCGUUUCUCUUGGAUAUUUUCCCGACUAGAACAGUGAGCCGCGAUCAGUCUUCAAAAGAUAAUAUCUAUUCUGAACCUAUUGGUCGUAGCGCAAUAUCUUUAACGGAUUUGCGAGAGAUCAUGGUAAUCGAUGAUAGUUCUUAUUACGAAAAACCAAGAGCAAAAUCAGUAUGCGAUGAAGUGCUAUAUAACGACAAGGAUAUUAGCGUAUUCUCAAGUGAAGAUGUUGACGCCGACAAGAGGGUGGACUGUGUUAUAUGCUUAGAUGGGUACAGUGAAGGCGAUGUUCUACGCCGUUUGCCGUGCGGGCAUGAAUAUCACCGUGACUGCAUAGAUCCGUGGCUGACGAAACGAAGUGCCUCCUGCCCACUCUGUAAAAGGGAUCUGUCACUUGUUCAACCCCCAGAAGAGUCUCAUAUUGAUUCACCCAUGGCGACUUAUCAACGCCGUCGAUCGGCUUCAGCGGACGAUGUCACUCGCCUUUGGGAGCGGUUAUCCGACGAUUUGGAUGUAGCCAUUCGGCAAAAUCCCGGCCUGCAUGCCGAUCCAUCAGGCAACACCACCAGGCGCAACGAUGAUAACGCAUAUUAAGCUUUGCUUGGAGCUGCUUGAUGCCCUAAAUUCCGAUAAUUCUUUACCAAUAAUCACACUGUAUAAGAAGCCUGUAAUUAUCAAGAGAAGUAAUUAAAAAAAAAUUGAAC